GGCUUAAGUGCGAGCUGUGGAAGAAGUGUUGUCACGAUGGUUUAACUCGGCUUACUUCAUAUUGGAGAGAAAGCUCGUGGAAGACUUGCGUACUUUCCAAUCAGCUCACUUAUAUUUACGUCUUUCUUCACUUCUUUCUCUCCUCAGGCAUCUCUGUCAUGGGUGUGAAGAUGUUACAGUGCUUUCCCUUCUACAGACGCUGCAAAGAGCGCUGCAAGAGCAGGCAGUGCCCGCCCCCUCCAGUGCCUGUGGAGGAGAUGAAGCCACGUCUGUCCUCUACGACAUCCUGGGGCAGUGACAGCGAAGGAACAGGAAGCAUCAAUCGGGGUUCCCAGAUCUAUUUCUCCACCAAGGCCCGGCUUUCUUUCAGACACCAGCUGGACAGCAACAUCAAUGCAGUGGAUGCCACCUACUGAGGAAGACCCAGGGCUUCAUAGGACUUGAAUGGACUCAGUUUUCCAUCGCCGGUUUAUGCUUGGAGCCCGAUAGUAGAGCAAACACAUUUUGACGCCACCUUUAAAUGGGAAUGGCGGUAGAGUUGCAGAACCACAGUUUGUCUUUUAACUGCUUGUUCCUCGCUGCUCGCACACAACUGCUAAUGAUUCGUCAGAUUCAAAGGACAGAGGAAAAAGGACUGGGAUGAGACGGCGCUCAGAAGUCAGACGAUUAGAUCCGCUGCCCAAUCGGGCAUACUGAUGAGGGCGAGGACAAUGUAGAGAGUUGUUUACAGCGUUCACUACCAAUAAGUGCAUUACUUUGUCUUCUGUUUGGAAGGUUUUUUUUACUGUGUUUCUUUUAUAUGUCUUUUUUUUUUUUUUGACUACCUUUGUAGAAAAAGAUCAAUUUGCUGAUUAGAUCAUGGCUGGAGUUAAUAAAGGCUGUUCCACAAAGCAAGAGGAGGAAGAUAGCAUUCAGUGUGAUGAAGUGUGUGACUAUCUAAACCUCAUCAUUAAGUCAUCAUCGUGAAUUAACUUUCUAAUCCUGCUCUGUGACUCAGAACCCUGCUAGUUUAAAGUGAGAUAAUAAAACACAGAAAAUGUUUUGCUGUUUUAUAAAAGACAUAACUGUAAAAACACGAGGUGGGACUGUGUGUAACAUCUGCUGCAGUGAUGUUAAUAGUUAAUAGUGAUCUGUGAGAUCUACGGUGGCCCUGAUACUUCAGAAAGGCUUGCUGAAAUCCAGUUGGGUUGUGCACCACAGGGCCUCCGUAUGAAAUAAGCCGAGCUACACAGCAGCUUAUUUCUGAUAGGUAUUGUCUUAGUCUUGCUUGAUUCUGAUCAAUAUUUUUAAUUAGAAAAAAAGACGCUCUGGCUGUGUUUUUAAAAUGCACGUUUCUUUUGUUUGUUUGUUUUUAAAGAAAACCUUUCUGUAUUUGCCCAAAUUGAAAAGCUAUGACUGUUAAAUGCUGAUCAAAAAAAAGACUAAUGAUCACUUGUUCAAAUCCAGAGUAUGUCAAAAAUAUCUUCAUUCUAAACUAAGCAAAUAUAAAAUAAGUUGUAUCAAAA